UUUUUAUUUCUCCUCAUUUCUCAACCAACCAAUUACUCCCUAUAUUGCACAUUCCCAAAUUUAUAAUCCUUUUAUUUCAAUUUUAUCCUCUCUCAACCAUUCCUUAGUUCUGAAUAAUAUGGCUGAUGCUCUUGUUUCCGUAGUCUUGGAGCGGCUGAGCUCGAUCGUUAGUGAGAAGGUGGGACAAAAAGUGAGGCUCUUUGUUGGUGUCAAGAACGAGGUUGAAAAGCUCACCAGCAGUUUCCGAGCCAUCCAAGCUGUGUUUGCCGAUGCAGAGGAAAGACAGUUGAAGGAUCAGUUCGUCAAGCAUUGGUUAGAUCAACUCAAAGACGUAUCUUACGACAUGGAUGACGUUUUGGAUGAGUGGGACACUGCAAUUGCAAAAUUGCAAAGCAAGAAUACAAGGAAGGUAUGCUCUUUCAUGAUCUUCUCUUGCUUUCAUUUUAGAGAAGUUGGUUUGCGUCAUCGUGUUGCUUAUAAGAUAAAAGAGCUGAAUGAAAGAAUAGAUGGCAUUGUGGUUGAGAAAAAUAGGUUCCACUUCAAAUUAUUGGAAGCGGGAAUUAAGCAGCUUGAACAUCAUGAAACCGCUUCUGUUAUAGAUGUAAAAGAGGUUAAAGGUAGAGAAAAGGAUAAAGUCAGGGUUAUAAAAACGUUGUUGAGUGAGAGUAGUCAAGGACCAGCCCUCCGUACAAUCUCUCUAGUAGGGAUGGGAGGGAUAGGAAAGACAACCCUUGCUAAGCUAGUUUUUAAUGAUCAUGUGGUGAAGACCCAUUUUAAUAGGAGAAUAUGGGUUUGUGUAUCAGAUCCCUUUGAUGAGACAAGGAUUGCCAAGGAAAUCCUUGAAGCUCAUAUGAGGUCCACCCAAAAUUUAAAAAAAUUAGAGACUUUGCUAGAAAAAAUACAACAAUCAUUUAGGGAAAAGAAAUUCUUGCUUGUCCUUGAUGAUGUGUGGAAUGAAGAUGCUACAAAGUGGGAGCAACUAAGAAACUCCCUCAAGUGUGGUUUGCCUGGAAGUAGGAUUCUGGUGACCACACGUAAUAGGAAUGUUGCGAAGUGCAUGGGCUCCUCACCCACUGACAUUUUAGAACUAGGACUUCUCCCUCCUGAGGAAUGCUGGUCAUUGUUCAGUGAAUUCUCAUAUUUUGAAAAGACCGAUAGAGAGUUUGAUAAUUUAGAAGAUAUUGGUAGACAAAUUGCAGUAAAGUGUGAAGGCCUGCCUCUUGCUGCAAAGACUUUAGGAAGUCUUUUGCGCUUCAAAAGAAGCAAAGCAGAGUGGGAAAGUGUCUUGCACAGCCAUGUCUGGGAGAUAAAAGAAGCUGAAAGCAAUCUUUUGGCUCCUUUAUGGUUGAGCUACCAUGACUUGCCCUCUGAAGUGAGACGGUGUUUCUCAUAUUGUGCAGUCUUUCCAAAAGACUUCACAUUUUACAGAGGUGAUUUGAUCAAACUGUGGAUGGCACAAGGUUUCCUUCGGGAAACACAGAAUAAAGAGAUGGAAGUAAUGGGUCGUGAGUGCUUCGAAGCUUUAGCGGCACGCUCUUUCUUUCAAGAUUUUAAGAAAGAAGAGGGUGAUGAUAGCAUUUAUGCAUGUAAGAUGCAUGACAUGGUGCAUGAUUUUGCACAAUUUUUGACAAAAAAUGAAAGUUUUAAUGUAGAGAUUGAUGGUGCGGCAGAGUCAAAGAUAGACUCUUUUUCUAGAGAUGCCCGACACUCCAUGGUAGUGUUAAGAAAAUAUAAAACCUACUCAUUUCCUGAAACCAUCCAUAGUUUGAAAAAGCUUCGCAGCCUGAUUGUUGAUGGUUAUCCUUCAUCGAUGAAUGCAACCUUACCUAACUUAAUCGCUAAUUUGAGUUGUCUGAGAACAUUGAGAUUGUCAAGAUGUGGAAUAGAAGAAGUCCCAUCCAACAUAGGAAAGUUGAUACACCUGAGGCAUGUUGACUUGUCUGGUAAUCUAAUUCGGGAGUUACCUGAAGAGAUGUGUGAAUUGUAUAAUAUGCUAACUUUAGAUGUCUCGGAUUGUGAGAAACUUGAAAGAUUGCCUGAUAACAUGGAAAAACUAGUCAAAUUAAGACAUCUCAGUGUUGGUAGAUUGUUUGUAAAGAUGAGAGGAGUUGAGGGGUUAAGUUCUCUUCGGGAAUUAGAUGAGUUCCAUGUGAGUGGUAGUGGUGAAGUGUCUAAUUUUGGAGAUUUGAGAAACUUGAACCACCUUCAAGGAUCUCUGAAGAUAAGAUGGUUGGGAGAUGUGAAAGAUCCAGAUGAGGUUAAGAAAGCAUUACUUAAGAGUAAGGAACACCUCACUUGUUUACGUUUAUGGUUUGAAUCGAGGAUAGACAAGGGGACAAUUCACGACGAUGAAGUCCUUGAAGCCUUAGAACCACCUCCAAACUUAGAAUUUUUGGAAAUACGUUAUUACCGAGGAAUCGACCCAGUGUUUUCUAGUUGUAUUAAUAAACUAAGGGUUGUUGAACUCUCUGAGUGGGGGAAGAUUGAGAAUCUGCCUCCUUUGGGGAAGUUGCCAUCUCUUGAAGAAUUAACUAUAAGUUGGAUGGAAUGCGUGAAAAAGAUGGGUGAUGAAUUUUUGGGAUUAGAAGUUGAUCGUGAGGAUGAUGAGGAUAGUGAGAUUAGUAUUGGAGAAAUGACAUCACCAUCACCGUCAAAUAUUAUUACUGCAUUCCCCAAGUUGAAAGGUCUUACCAUUUCGGAUAUGAGAAAGUGGGAAGAGUGGGAAGGAGGAGAAGGAGGGAGGUGGAGAAGAGGAAAUGAAGAUAAAACAAACAUCUCCAUUUCAAUCAUAAUGCCAUCUCUUCGUUCCUUGCUAAUUUUGAAGUGCCCAAAAUUGAAAGCACUUCCGGAUUACGUGCUCCAGUCAACAACUAUAGAGAAACUGCUAAUAAAAUCUAGCUCAAUUCUAGAAGAACAAUUCAAAGCAGGAGGAGAGGGCUGGCCCAACGACUCUCAUAUCCCAAGCAUCACAAUUAUUUAA